GUACAUAUAUUUGAGGAAAUAGCAAUUUGAUAUCACUCCGCGCCGCCCCUGGUGCGGACCUUGGAUUGCAAAUAAUUUUUAUAUGAACCCCUUUUACUAAAAGUUUUUCUCGGCGAUUGGCAGUUUGUGCUUGCUGUGGAGGAGGAUGUACGAGGGGCCUCCUUGACUCAGUUCCGCUCCUGUGGUGACAGUUCAAAACCGAAGAAGUAAUAAAAAGAUUUUGAAAGAAUACCGACAAGGAAGCUGCACCCAACGAGGCGUAUGUUGACAGAACAUUGUUCCUUAAAUAAUUAAAGUAACAAGGAUUUUGCAUUUAGUCUUCAAGACCAAUUGGAGAUCUGCAAAUCACGGUUGGCAUGAUGUUUCUAUGGACCACUUUGCUCUUUGCAAUAAUCGUACACACACAUCACAGAGUAUUUUGUUUGAAGGUAGAGAGGAUUGCAUAUGGAGAAAGUAUUGAUUCAAAAAGAGAUAAUUUAUUUGAUGCUAUUGACUAUUUUACCAACGCCGAAGAAGACCCAAAGUUUUGUGCUGAAAAGAACAGUAAUUGUGCUACUUCAGGGUGCCAUAAUGGUGGAUGCUGCAUGUGCCAAUGUCAUGGAAAUUACUCUUUUAUAAACUUCGAAAAGGGUUGUCUCAGGGAAGACUCUCUGAAUGUACAAUCAGGGCAAAAUUGCAAGCUGAGAUUUGUAUUUGUGACAGAGGCUAUAAUCCCAGCCUUCAAAGAUAACCACAAUGACAUCUCUGUUGCCACUGGGAUCCCUCUUUCUGUUAAGGAUGGUGUCCCUCAAGAUACAUAUAAUCUACUUCAUGACUAUAAAUCAGAGUGUGUUGCAGAAAAAGUGUAUGAAAUUAAUCCUCAUGGAGGCAUUCACAUUAUUGAUGAAAAUAUCAAGCAGUCCUUUUUUGAAAUUCAGAACACCUACACAGCAUUCACUAAAAUACACAACUUAAAACUAAAUGAUAUGACAUAUUCAAGAUGGAAAAAGAUGGAAGGAAAAUUGAUCAGCUUGGAUGUAAACUGUUCACUCAGUGCAUCACAACAGCUUGCAACCUGUAUAUUGUUCAAGGUCAAUGGAUCGUCCAUAGUAGACUCUACAACAACUCCAAGUUUGAGACCAACAACAGCUUUGGAUAAUAGAGGCAUUUCCACCAAGCAAAUAGUAAUGACCACUACAAAGAAAAUAGCUGUAACAAAGGAGAAAAGAAAUACAACACUGAUAAGCUCUUCUGAUGAGAGUUCUGUACCACUUGGUGCAAUCAUUGGUCCAGUAGUUGGUGUCCUUGUAAUCAUCAUUAUUCUUAUUGUCAUUAUUUGCAUGAAGAGGAGAAGUAUAAGGUCAAAAUCAAAAUCAGGAAAGAUACUGUCCAGCAAAGGUGAAACAAAUGGUUCACAUGACAUACCUCUGUUUGCUCCUGAUCAACAUUCACAGACAAUCCAGGAGAACACAAACCCAUAUUAUGCAACAGGUUCUGAUAUCUCAGAUGGAAAUCACUACUAUAGCCCUGGAGAUGUUGUGCAAGGCAACUUGACUGCAGAAGAGAACAACGUUUACUACAGUAGUGCUGAUAUCAUUGAUGAUAAAGAUGGAGGUGUGAAUGAAAAAAAACCAAUGGAAUAUUCUUAUGCUCGCGGUAACAUACCCAAACAAGAAGAAAAGGAACCUACUUUUAAGCUAAAGCAAAGCAUGAAAAACAACCCUGGUUCUCGGGAAAAUGUUUCACCUAAUAAUGAAGAGCGAUAUCAAGCUCUGACAAUGCCACAGCUUCCUGAGCAAACAUAUCAAGCAAUUUCUGAAAACCCCAUCUACAGUGGAAAAGAACAGCUUUACCAAGCACCUUUGCAGAAAGAGGAGGAGUACCUAGAUAUGUCAACUGGUAAUGACCCAGCUUAUCAAACACUCCUUAAUAAAGAAACAUAUUUAGAUUUGACAUCUGAGAAUGAAGCUGUCUAUCAAGCCCCCUCCAUGGAAGCAGGGUAUGUGGAUAUGAAAGGCAAUGACCAUGAAACUGGGGAGUACAUGUAUGCUGACACAGCUGGUUGUUAACUCUGAAAUGUCACUGUAUUCAAGAACCAUACUUCAUAGUCCAUAGAUCUUAACCUCUGAAAAUAUCAUUUUGGUAUUGAAUUAACCCAGGAAGUGCAUGCUGGGACUGCAUAUCCUUGCAUGUGUGGCGUUAAGCCUUUGUGAACUAUUUAAUUAAAUAAACACAAGUGAUGAGAGAGAAGCUAGUCAUACUCAAGGACUUGUCAUAUUUUAGGUAUCAUCUCAAAUUUUAUUUUUGUAGUUCAUAAGUCAUAUUGUAUAUUUGUAUUUAUCAAUCAGCUGACUGAAAACACAUAACUUAUGCUAAAAAAAAUUACUUCCAUUUUGGGGCACUUUGUUUUAAUUUUGGAGCACUUUCAUUUGUUUUGAACAAGACAGUAGCUUCAAAAGAAGAUGUAAUGUUUUUAUAACAAGAUAAUAAUAUUUUCUUAUUUAUUCAGUUAUUUUAAACAACUUAAAAUUUUGUUAAACUUGUACUAAUAUUAAGCACUUCUACUAAACUGAGUUAAGUAUAACAAAUUGUUAUGUACAUUCUUUUUUUUGCAGAGCAGAUUUUAGUGAACUAAACCAGUGAUCUCAGUAAUAAAACUCAUUUCGGUAUGGAACAGAUCAAAGGCAAAUUUUUACCCCCUGAUAAAGUUAACAAAGCAAUCAACAAAAGCAAAAGCCCUUUCGAAAGUAUAGAGGUCCUUUGAAACAUUGAGGAUUAAUGUAAAUAUUUUCUUAUCAUUUAUUUUUGUACAAAUUAUCAUCUGUUCACUUACUUUGUUUUUUAGUAUUAUCAAUUAUUUUAUUUAUGGGCCAUUUUUGUAGUUUUUUUUUAUUCAACAAUCUAUGGCUUAUUGUAAAACCAUAUCUAAGAAGAUUUUAUUCAACAAUCUA